AUGGCAAGUGAGAGUGGGGGCGGCAAGCAGCAGCUGCUGGUGUACACUGGCAUGCUGGUGCUCGGACUUACCAUCUCGCAGCUCUCUGCUGGCCACCUGACUGCCGGCGCGUACGCUCUCUACGGACGCGUUGUCGGUGUUCUGACGAUGUUUGCGCUCUCCUUUCUGAUGGUCAAUGUGGGCCAUGAGUUCGUGAUCGAGCGAAGCAAGCUGGGCAAUUAUGCCCAAGACUACUUGGUGGCCAUGUCUGCAGCUGGACUUCCUUGGAUUUUUGUGGCGCUCUGGCUGCACUUUGCGCUGCCGAACUCCGGCUUGGCUUGGGGCUCCGCGCUGCUCAUGGCAAGGUUUGCGGCACCGACCAGCGCCGGGAUACUCUUCAACAUGCUCGAGGCCGCGGGCUUCAAAGAGACUUGGCUCUUUCGAAAGGCGCAGAUCUUGGCCAUCUUUGAUGACUUGGAUACUAUUUUGCUUAUGAUCCCAUUGAAAAUGUACUUAGUCGGCUUCAAGUGGGAGCUCUCAUUCGACGCAGUCUUCGUGACUUUGUGCCUCGGGCUUGCCUGGCAGAAGCUACAUAAGAUUCGCUUGCAGAGUUCCUGGAGGUGGACCAUGCUAUAUGCCGGAAUUAUCACGGCUUGCUGUGAGGGGCUCUGCAAUUUCACCUCAGGGCGCAUUCAUAUCGAGGUGCUGUUGCCAGCCUUUGUGAUGGGUUGCAUGACCCGGAUUUGCGAGCCGAAAGAUGACUGGUGUGAGCUGCUCGACGAGAAGAGGGAGGAGGCGGCAAAAAGCCUGGUGUCCACCUUCUUCAUGCUUCUGGUGGGCAUGUCCAUGCCAUCCCUCUUCACGGCUGCGGGGCAUCUCACCGCGGGGCAGAUGGUCUUCCACGUGACGGUGGUCUCCCUGCUGAUGAUCCUGGGCAAGAUGAUGCUCCUGUUCUGCUACAGGAAGGAGGCGAACUUGCGGACCCGGCUGGCUCUUUCACUGGGCAUGUGCCCGCGUGGUGAG